UCCAUCUCACUCGCGAGGAAGGUAGUUGCACAUUACCGAACGUCAGCAGGCGCUACCGGAGACGCAUGAGAAACGACGAGUGAAAGCCGUGAAACAAUCCGAGGAGCCAUCAAAGGUGUGCUUGACUCAAAAGUACGGAAAGGAGGAAACUUCGCGUAAACUAUGGCCGUAUCCGCAACUCCUCCGGUGCUUUCACCGACCUCCACUCCCGGGGGCGCGAGCAGCCUGUUCCGUCCCGACUCUCUGUACUCCAGCCCAGCCGAGUCCCCACGACUGACCAGCAGCAUGAUCAACUCUUUCAUCACCGGCGGCGGCAGCACGAACGGAAACGGGCCCGGUGGUGUCCACAAUAACGAGUGUAAGAUGGUGGAGGUGCACGGGGUGAAAGUGGCCUCGUUCACCGUGGACGGUCAGGAGCUCAUCUGCCUCCCGCAGGUGUUCGACCUGUUCCUGAAGCACCUGGUCGGCGGACUGCACACCGUGUAUACCAAGCUGAAGCGGCUGGAUAUAUGCCCGGUGGUGUGCACGGUGGAGCAGGUGCGGAUCCUGCGCGGACUCGGGGCCAUUCAGCCGGGCGUAAACCGGUGCAAACUCAUCACCCGAAAAGACUUCGAGACACUUUAUAACGACUGCACCAAUGCCAGUUCUCGGCCUGGUCGUCCUCCUAAACGCUCUCUCGGUGUGGCGAUGCAGGACAGCUCUCGUCUGCUUCCUCACAGCGUUCAUGGGCUGCUCUCACCAGGUCUGCUGUCACCAACAGGUCUGACAGCAGCAGCCAUGGCUGAAGCUAUGAAACUGCAGAAAAUGAAACUGAUGGCCAUGAACAACAUUCAUGGAGCAGGAAGCCAGAACGGUACAGAGUCCGAGAACGAGGAGCUGAACUCCAGUGCAGGCGGCAGUGAGUCGUCUUGGGAUAAAGAGAAACUCCAGUCCCCCCCCUCUUCCGGAGCACAGCAUGGUCUGGCUCACGCUGGCCUCUCCGCUCAGCAUGGCCUAUCAGGGUCUCAUCUCUCUUCCCUACAGCAGAGUCAUCUCCUGGCUAACCGGCUGGAGCUGCCAUUUAUGAUGAUGCCCCACCCCCUGCUGCCCGUCAGUCUGCCGCCUGCCUCCGUUGCCAUGGCGAUGAACCAGAUGAACCACCUGAACACCAUCGCCAACAUGGCCGCAGCUGCUCAGAUGCACAGCCCCCUGUCCAGAGCAGGAGCGUCCGUCAUCAAGGAGUGUGUACAGGACAGUCCAUCUCCUACUCCAUCUCUGGAGGAAGCCCCUCGUCCCGGAUCACAGCCCUCUUCCCAUCCCAGCAGUAGUGUGUCUAGUUCCCCGAACCCGCACACACAAAGUCCUGAACGGCUGGUUUUGAACCCGACUGAUGGAGAUCUGCCAGAACGAGACACCGGCAUCAAUAUGAAGAAAAUCCUUAAGGAGAAAGAUGAGGCACAGAUAACUUUGCCAAUGCAGAAGCCAGGGUUCGAAAAGCUUCCUCUGGGCACUCAGACUCUUCCUCCAGGCUUCCCUGCACCCUUCCUGUUUGCAGAUGGCCUCUCUUCUGUGGAGACAUUGCUCACUAACAUCCAGGGUCUGCUGAAGGUGGCUGUGGAUAAUGCCCGUGUGCAGGAGAAACAGGUGCAGCAGGAACGCAAGGAGUUAAAGAUGGAGCUGUACAGAGAAAGAGAGAUGAGAGAGAGUCUGGAAAGACAACUCACCUCUGAACUGCACAGCCGAGCCACCAUUCAGAAGCGUCUGAAGAAGGAAAAGAAGGCGAAAAGGAAACUGCAGGAGGCUCUGGAGUUUGAAUCCAAGAGGAGAGAGCAGGUGGAACAGGCUCUGAAACAGGCCACUUCUCCUGAGAGUCUCCGCAUGAGUCUAAACGAAGCAGUCAUACCAGAGGUGAAGUCUGAACAUAAUGGCAACCAGCAGGAGAACUCAUCUGUACAAGAAAACAGACCCUACUCCAAACCCCCUAUCAUGUACUGAAGACUCUGACAUCUUUAGCUCCACGACCAUGACAGACAUCUCAGCCCACAGGCAGACAGAGCUUUUUCCACAAAGGAAAAGUGGUGUGGGUGCUGAAGAGCAGUCACCUGAAACCCGUGUACAGGACUUGAGUGUGUAUGUACGUUUAUGUGUGUGGAGGUGCAGUGCGUUCGCGGUCUUCAUGAGAUGCGUGUGUGCGUGUGUGUGUUUCUGGAGCACUGCUCGUUGACGACCUUUCCACACCACAUGCACCAACUUGUAAAAAUUGUCUUUCUCUCUUGUUUUGACUACUUCUACAUCCCACUUUUUUGAGAUUAAAACAAGUGUUUGUUGUUUUUUUUGGAUUAAAAUGUCAUUACCUAAUGAAAUACCCGUCUUUAUGUGAAGCACACAGCAUCAUCCUCCCCUAAUCUCCAGUUUGUAAUUAUUAUUAUUAUUAUUAUUAUUAUUAUUAUUAUUAUUAUUAUUAUUAUUAUUAUUAUUAUUAUAGUGUUAUCUGCUGAUCCCCCAUGAUUCUGUGCACCAGUGAUUCUGAACAGCACAACAGUCUUGAUGAGUCUGUAUAGCAAUUUGUUGCAACACAAAGGGACAGAAAAGACAUUAUAUGGAUAGACUCCAACUAAGAUGUGUGCUUCUUUAAUAAACAUUGUCUAUUUUGUUGUUUUGCCUUUAAAAAAGGGAUUCUACAGUAUAUCAAUACUUUUUUUCUAAUUUGGUGUAUUUUUUAGGACGUGUAGAAAUGUUUUCCUCUUGUUGUCAUUUCUCUGCCGUUUGUGUUUAUUUCAUUAUCUGGUUUGUCGUUUUCCUUUGUAUUUUAAUCAGCAUUUCGAAACAGAUGCUCAAGUGAUCUUGAAACAUGUUCUUUGAAUGUCUUUCUUUGCCCCGCGACAAUGUUUUUCUCUAUUGCUCCUUCACGUAAAAGUAAAAAAGAAAAAAAAGUGUUCAUUUGUAGUUGCUAUAAACACAGUAUUACAGUAACCCUCACCCCUUCUGUUUUUACCUGUUUAUAAAGACUUGUAAAAAUGCUUUAGCAUUUGCUAUUCCGACGUUGUUAUUACAUGGUUACAUUUUUAGUGAUGAAAAAGAGAUGAGAAGUACCCUUAUGCACAUCAAGAGCGAGCAUGCUUGUAUAUACAACAAAGAAAAAUGACACAUAACGAUUGAAAAUAAAGCGCUGCCUCUUAAAUCUAUUUUUCAAUAUUUCUAGUGACUCCAUAGGAAACACAAUCACAAAUCGGCAGCUAUCAAUGAUGUUGAAUCUUGUUUUAAAAAUGGCAACAGACACUUAUCACAGCCUUGCACAUGCCACAAUGAAUAAAACACCCCUAUGGACAUCUUGGUAGAUUUUCUGUUUUUUUUGUUUUUUCUUUGAGUAAUAAAAUUAAGAUGGAAA